CCAUUCUAUUUCAGCCUUAUCACAUAUCAAAAUUUUAAAAAUUUUAGGUUUCCAAAAUUUGUAAAUUUUAUACCCCGAUUAGCUAGAUUUUUAUUCCCUAAGAUGCGGAUGCUUUGCGACAGACUCUCCGCCCUGACGGCUGGUGCCAUGGUCGGCGUUUGGUACGCCCAGAACUUCCCCUGCGAAAAUCCUACGGAUGGAGGCGACAAAGAUAAGGCCAAGGACAAGGCCAAAAGCACGGAUAAGGGAAAAGAGAAGGAGAAGGAUAAGGGGAAGGGGAAGGAUGGUGGCCAGGACAAGGGCAAGGAGAAAGGCAAGGAAUAGGGAUAAGAAAAUAGCUAAAAAGGGGUGGAAAAAUCACACCAUUUAGACGAUACAAUACGAUACGUAUGUGCAAGUCCUCUUAAACGAAUUUCUCCUCUAGUUAGUCCAAAACGUACUAGUAGACAUGAGCAAAACUCCAACGUCGACGAUGCAAUUGGCUUGAAAAGGAAAAGUUUGAAGUAAAUGGCCGCUGAUAACGCUUCCGAAAGAGCUAUGUUUAUAUGGUUUUAUUAUCACAUGCUCUGAAGCAGAUGUUAACGAUUUUGCAUUUAAAUAAUUAUACGAGAAUGCGUAUUGUAUCAUCUU